AUGGCUCGACUUUUCGGGAUAGUGUUCGCACUCGCGUGGACCCUAACAUAUGCAGUCCCUUUCAACACCUUCGAUGGGGAGGGUUUUCCGGGCUGCCAUAAUGUCUCCAAAGUUUACGACCCCACCACUGUCAACGAAAUGGUAGCCAUUGUCCAGCGGGCAGCGAGCAGCAGCACUCCAGUUCGCGCCUCUGGAAAAGGGCACAUGUGGUAUGAUACUAUGUGCUCCGAUGACCCGGCAACUAUCAUCAUUCGAACUGAAAAUGUCAAUCGUAUCACCAAUUUUUCCCUUCCUCCUGGGGCAGCAGAUGGCUCUGUAAUGAUCGAGGCCGGAGUGACGUUCGUGCAGCUUGCUGAGUAUUUGCAUGUUAAUGGUGCUAGUGUAGGGUAUACGCUUGUAAACUGGAAUAUCACGCUUGCUGGGAGUAUUGCGAUGGGCGUACAUAGGUCGAGUUUGAGAGAAGACAGCAUGGUCACCGCCGGCGCUCUGGAGCUGCACAUCAUUGAUGGCAGCGGAAACUUGAGAAUCAUUAAGAGGGAUGAGGGUAACGACGAAUGGCUUGCGGCGUCGACAUCACUGGGCCUUCUUGGUGUCAUUGCUCGCAUCAAGUUUAAGAUCUACCCUGACUUCAAGGUUUACGCGAAGCAAGAAACUCUCUCCGAAGACAAAGUCCUAAAUGGAGACAUUUACGGCAUGAUCUCACCAUAUGCCACUGCGAACUUCUGGUGGUGGCCGUACCUCCGCAAGUUCCACUAUCGCUACUACGACCCCGUUCCCAGGAAUAUAUCUGACCAGGAGGGGUUUCAGUCGACCUUCAGUGUAACAAAGACCGAAGCUAACAUUGCACUCGGGCUACUGAACUCUGGCAAGUAUUUCCCUACAUCCAAUAUAGCCGCCGAAGCGCUCUUUUUCGGCCUUUGGUCCCCCCCAAACUUUCGGGAAAAGUCAAGCGAUCAAGCCAUUCUGACUUGGCCCGUCUAUGGCUGGAACUACGACGUCUUGAUCGGCGGUCUCUACCCUGGCUAUGGCACGGAAUGGGACUAUGGACUUCGCGGUUUGACACUUGAACUCGCGUUCCCCGUCACGAUGGCUAAUGCAGUGUUGAAGCGGGUGCGGAAGGCAUUUGAUGAUGAACUCAAGAAAGGCAUCGUGAUGACUAGCACUUACAGAAGUGGGAUUAAUAUCAAGUUCGGGAAAGCGUAUUUUGACCUGCUUGGGCAAGUUACAUACAACACGGCUGAUGGUGUAGAUUGGAGCAAGGGUGCGAUUAUGUUCGACUUCCCGAGUUUUAAGACGACGGUUGGGGAUGGUUUGAGGUUCAAUGAACCAUUUUGUAGGCUUCUCAGUCUCUUGACUGCCCUUUCACCAUUUAUCUUUAGAACAAGAUGA